GACGGUUGCCCAUCUUUGAUACCUGCGCUGGGGGAAGAUAUGAAACCUACUUUUCUCGAGCCCUGCGAGUAUAAGUACCUGGAAAGCAACCAGUCAGUCAGGUUCCUCCAAAGCCUUACCUCCACCUCACGUCGCUAGAAGCCUAGGACCAAUAUCAGCAAUCGACAAAGAUGUCAGCCAACGUCAACCCGAAGGUCGCGCUCGUGACAGGCUGCACAAAUGGUGGGAUCGGAUAUCACAUAGCAGACGAAUUCGCCAAGCGCGAGUAUAAGGUGUACGCUACGUCGCGCAGAGUCGAGACGAUGGACUUCGGGAAAAGCCCCAGAGCCAACGUUCAGACUUUGGCGAUGGACGUCACGUCUGACAAGUCCGUGCAAUCUGCCGUUGAUGAGAUCAUCAAGAGGGAGGGGAAGAUCGAUGUUGUUGUGAACAAUGCUGGGAUUUGGAUGGUUUCGCCACUUAUCGAUACCACGGUCGAUCAAGCAAAGAAUAUCUUCGAUACCAACGUGAUCUCCGUUCUCCGGACGUCGAAGGCAGUCUUGCCACACAUGGCUGCUCGGAAGAAAGGCCUAAUAAUCAAUAUCGGAUCACUCAGUGGUCAAGUCGCGACACCGUUUAGUGGCGUGUAUGACGCCUCCAAAUCAGCGCAACACGCACUGACCGAUAUCCUCGAUAUGGAAUGUCGUCCGCUAGGUAUAGAUGUCAUGCUCGUCGCCACGGGGUCCAUCAAGACCAACAUCAUUUCGAACGCAGCCAAGAGCUCCGGGCUGCCGUCUGACUCGCUGUAUAAAUCGUUCGAAAACAAGAUCUUGGGUCGUUUGCAAUUUAUUCAAAACGACCCAGGCGCCUGGACUGCAGAGAGAUUUGCUCGUGAGCUUGUGAAUCGAGCAGAUAGACCAAAGCCACCGAAAUAUUGGUCAGAUGGAGGACCUGCAUGGACGGUAUACUUGUUGAGGUGGCUACCGCGGCCCUGGGUGUUAUCCAUAGUGUGGAAAUCUCUUGGUGCCUAGUAGAGUUAUAUUUACCAAAGAGUUGUGGUAUUCCCUGUGCGAUGCGAUGGUUUAUAGACAUUGUUACUUUGGACACUGUAUGCUCGUGCCAUAGAGAGGACGACAUUAGUGUCAAAUUACUGUA